GGCCGGUGGGGGAGGGCCGGGUUCGGCACUCCCGUCCCGCUCGGGCUUUCUUUGCAAACCUGAAGCUGCUUUUCGCCGGCCGGGAGCGCUCCGUGUCCGCGGCGCUGGCUCCAGAGCGAGGAGCAAUGGGAAAUCCACUGCAGUAUUAAUCCAAGGAGGUGCUCUGGGGACAGUUGGCAGCACAAUGGCUUCUCAGUACCUCGUAGUGGCUCUGGCCAUCUUCUCCUCUUGUACCCAGGUUGUAAUAGAAGCCAGCUCUUGGUGGUCUUUAGGGAUGAACCCUAUGAACCCCAUGAACCCUGUGCAGAUGUCAGAGGUGUAUAUAAUAGGAGCCCAGCCACUAUGUAGCCAACUAGCAGGGCUUUCCCAAGGACAGAAGAAACUCUGCCAGUUGUAUCAGGACCAUAUGCAGUUCAUUGGAGAGGGUGCAAAGACCGGCAUUAAGGAAUGCCAGUAUCAGUUCAGACAUAGAAGAUGGAAUUGCAGCACUGUGGACAACAACUCUGUUUUUGGCAGAGUCAUGCAGAUAGGCAGCCGGGAGACGGCGUUCACCUAUGCAGUGAGCGCGGCCGGGGUGGUCAACGCCAUGAGCCGGGCAUGCCGGGAGGGCGAGCUCUCCUCUUGUGGCUGCAGCCGGGCCGCGCGGCCCAAGGACCUGCCCCGGGACUGGCUGUGGGGCGGCUGCGGGGACAACAUCGAGUACGGAUACCGCUUUGCCAAGGAGUUUGUUGAUGCCCGGGAACGGGAGAGAGUUUACCAGAGAGGCUCAUACGAGAGUGCUCGGAUCAUGAUGAACCUACACAACAAUGAGGCCGGGAGGAGAACUGUAUACAACCUGGCUGAUGUAGCCUGUAAGUGCCAUGGUGUCUCUGGUUCCUGUAGCCUGAAGACCUGUUGGCUUCAGCUUGCUGAUUUCCGCAAGGUAGGCGAUGCCCUGAAAGAGAAAUACGAUAGCGCUGCUGCCAUGAAACUCAACAGCCGGGGCAAGCUGGUGCAGAUGAACAGCCGCUUCAACGCACCUACCAUCCAUGACCUGAUCUACAUCGAUCCCAGCCCUGACUACUGCAUGCGCAAUGAGAGCACUGGGUCCCUGGGCACCCAGGGCCGCCUUUGCAAUAAGACCUCAGAGGGCAUGGACGGCUGUGAACUGAUGUGCUGCGGACGGGGGUACGACCAGUUCAAGACGGUGCAGCGAGAACGCUGCCACUGCAAGUUCCACUGGUGCUGCUAUGUAAAAUGCAAGUUGUGCACAGAGAUCGUGGACCAGUUUGUGUGCAAAUAGGAGAUGGACGAGGUGGGAGGAACUGCAGCCACCUGCCUGCGAGGGGUGUGGGCCCCUCACCCCUUCCACGGGACUUUUUCUGCUUUAUUUAUAGAGUCCAGUGAGUUGUUGU